CAACACAAACCCAGCCCGUCUGGCCCCUCCCCUUUAAUCCCCACCUGUCGACGCCGGUGUGGUUUGUGGAAAGAUGGCUGCUGCUUUGGAGUGAUUUUGUGGAGGAGCGAGAGAUUGAUUACUAGACACUGCGGGUGAAUAAUAACACUCAGAACAGGGAUUCGGGAGGCGAGGACACAGGGGCACAUCAGCAACCCUGUCACAUUACAUAAAGACAUUGGGGGGACCUGUGACGAAGUGUCUAAACAUACACACACAAUAUCCUCUGUGUGACACGACAGUGAGGACGUGGCAAGCGUCGGUUCGCUAUAUAAUGAGAAGCAGGUGAUCUCUUGCCCUGACUGCACUGUCAGAGAUGGAGGCGGCGGUGUUGGAGGAGGACCCCAGUGGUACCCAGGGCCUCGACUCUCUCUCCCUGUCCUCCUUGCUGUCUCCAGACCUCGAGGAGGGAGAGGGGCUGGGCGGAGGGGAGGGGGAUCUGGAGUUGAACCCCUACGAUGGGCUGCCCUUCUCCUCGCGCUACUACGAGCUGCUGAAGGAGCGCAGGCAGUUACCAGUCUGGAGCGUCAAGUACGAGUUCCUGGAGAGCCUGGAGAGCAGCGGGGUGGUCAUCGUCUCAGGGGAGCUGGGGGCCGGCAAGAGCACACAGAUCCCGCAGUGGUGUGCAGAGUAUGCCCUCUCACUGCAGUUUUCCAGCGGUCUGGUUGCCUGCACUCAGCCUCACAGCCUUGCUGCCAUGGGCCUGGCGCUGCGGGUGGCGGAUGAGAUGGAGCUGAACCUGGGCCUGGAGGUGGGGUACCGGGUCCCUUAUGAGGACUGCUGCAACUCAGACACCAUGCUCAGGUUUGUGAGUGACUCUGUGCUGCUCAGUGAGAUGAUGUCGGACCCGCUGCUUCACCGGUACGGUGUUGUCGUGAUCGAUGAGAUCCAGGAGCGCACUGUGCCCACGGACGUGCUGCUGGGGCUGCUGAAGGACGUGUGGCGGCAGCGUGCGGAGCUGCGCGUGGUCGUCGUGACGGCACCUUCUCUGCAGCCCAGCCUGGAGCGCUUCUUUGGGGAGGCAGUGCCGCUGGUCACCGUGCCCCAGAACAGACCCGUCGCCUUGGAAACGGUGUACCGCGACCCACAGUCCCGGGACCGACACUCUGCCGCCUGUCACAUGGUCCUGGACAUUCACCGCAAGGCAGAGCCUGGAGACGUGCUUGUCUUCCUGCCCAGCUCGCAGGAGAUAGAGCUGUGCUGUGCUCUGAUCCAGAAGGAGAGUGUAGCUCUGAGUUCUCAGCUGGGAGAGCUGGUCCCCUUGCCUCUCCACUCAGGGCUGGGCUCAGCCGUGCAGAGGGUGUAUGAGCCGCUGGGGGAGAGGGCAGUGCCGGGGGGGUGUCGGCGCAGAGUGGUGCUCACAGACGCGCUGGGGGAGUCCUCCUUCUCACUGCCACACAUCCGCUACGUCAUCGACACCGGCAUCCAGCUCAAAACCGUUUACAACCCUCGAAUCAGAGCGGACUCGCAGGUGUUUCGAACAAUCAGCAAGAGUCAAGCGGAGCUGCGGAGACAGAGGGUGAACAGCAGUAGUGCUGGGCUGUGUUUCCGGCUGUACCAGCAGAGUUUCCACGACUCAGACAUGCCAGAUUUCUCCGCUCCUCGAGUGUCGGAGGAGAACCUGAGUCAGCUGGUGCUGCUGCUGAAACGCCUGGACAUCGCUGACAUGGGCCAGUGCAAGUUCCUGGACAGGCCAGCGCCGGAAGCUCUGAUGCAGGCCCUGGAAGACCUGGAUUACCUGGCUGCGCUGGACGACGAUGGUAAUCUCUCCGAAGUUGGAAUCAUCAUGUCUGAGUUCCCGCUUGACCCCCAGCUGGCCAAGGCGCUCAUCGCAUCCUGCGAGUUCGACUGUGUCAGCGAGAUGCUCACUGUGGCUGCCAUGCUGACAGCCUCGCCGUGUUUUGUGACCCCCCCUCAGCACUCGGAGGAAGCGGCCGCUACUCGACGCAGAGUCCUGCUGCACUCUGACGGGGAUCACUUCACGCUCAUCAACCUGUACAACGCAUUCAAACAGCAUAACGAGGACGAGGGCUGGUGCAGAAAGAACUUUGUGAGCCAUUCUGCUCUGAAGCGCGCUGACGUGAUCCGCUCUGAGCUGCUGGAGAUCAUGCACCGCAUCGAGCUGCCAGUCUCGCCCCCUAGCUUCGGGACUGAGGACAACAUCCACAACAUCAAGAGAGCGCUCAUCUCGGGCUACUUCCUCAGGGUGGCUCGUGAUGUGGAUGGUUCUGGAAACUACCUGCUCCUGACUCACAAGCACGUGGCUCACCUGCACCCCUUCUCAGGGUACCUGUCCCGCAAGCCUCUGCCACGCCCCCCCUGCUGGGUGCUGUACCACGAGUUCACCAUCUCCCAGAACAACUGCAUCAGUGUGGUCUCCGAGAUACAGCCCCAAAUGCUGGUGGAGCUAGCCCCACAGUACUACCUGGGUAACCUACCCGCCAGUGAGGGGCGAGACCUGCUGAUGGAGCUGCGUCACAAACUGUUUCUCCCGGACCCCCAGCGAGGAGAGGAGGAGGAAGAGCAGGGGGAAGGUGGUCAAGUGGAGAGUGCGGGGGCCAAGCUGCCCAAGGACCACCUGCACCAGGAGAGCCAGGAGCUCUGUGUGCUGCAGUAGGACCAGAGGGAUUACACACAGCCCUGCCAUGCUGGGAGGAAUCUGCACUGCUUUGUGGAAGGCUGACCCUGAGCUGCUGUACUCCACACUUCCUACCUGUCUGUCUGGCGGACCCUCAGCAGGGAUUUCAGCUCAAUCAAAAUGAAUGCUGUAUGCAGCAGUGGGAAUAUUCUGUCCCCCCUGACUGUCUGUCUAUACAACCCUUUAAAAAGGGCACCCUGGGACGAGUCAGCUAAACUAAAGCUGGAAAGGUAAAAAGAAAAAAACUACAACAUUUUCCUGUCUCAGCUUGGAAUCCUGUCAGUAACACCAUCCACACUCCAGUUUUUGUUGUGGACUUCAGCCCCUUGGAAAUUAAUUCCAAAGCUUAGGUGCACAGGAAGAAAAUGCCUUGCAGCUCUUUGCUUUGAGAUGGUCUAACAUGGUGUGCCACUCCCUUCUGAAUUUCAUAUGCUUUGGAGCCUACCAUUGAACCUGAUUGGCUUUGAGCACAGCAAGUGUCUUCACAGGACCUGCUAGAACGCUGUGGUUUAUAUCCUUGGUAUGAUAUGGAGUAUCUUGUCCUCCCUUAGCAGGCUGCGUUGGCUGGAGUCUGGGCUUGGCUGAGCUAAUCCAGAGACAGGAGUUUCAGUCUGGAGUCCAAUGAAUAAACUGGCUCUGAAGUCCUAUAAAGGCUCUGUGAAGUUAGAGCCAUGCUCGCUGUGCUUUUCAUUACAGUGUGUAUCCUUCUCCAUAUGCAGGGCAAGUUCAUUUAUCCACGGCCUCAGCAAGAGUAUAUAGAGACCUGUCUGGAAGCCGUCGUGCAGAGAGUGCCUUUCUAUAGAGGUGUGGCUCACAUUUAUGAGCUUGUUCUUUACCAACAAACAGCGCUUAUGAGUUUAGUGAACUGCUAAGAGCAGAUGAGUUUCUGUUUUGAAUUCACAAAUAAAGUCAACAGUUCUUAGAGGCAGAAAUCAUCAGAAGUUCAAAGAGCUGCUCAUUAUUCCAUCAUUUUAUAAAAAAUGUUUCAGCCCUCUUUUCAUAAACUGGUAAAAGACUGUUCUAGUGUGUUCUGUCAGACUGUUUUCAGAGCAGGAGACACAUCGACAGUCUUCUAGAAUCUGCACUUCUGAUUGUCUGAGAGGAGUUUUAUGAUUUGAGCUGAAGUAUUAUUUCAAGGUUAAUGAAUUGUAAACAAAGUCACCUAGUAAUUCCCAGCAUUGGUGCAACAAAACAUUGUAACAAACCAUGAUCACAAGGCACUUGAUGCUACGGGCAGAUCACCUUUUUAAUGAUUCUUAUUAUUUCAUAACAGGUAUAUUUAAUAUUACAUUUUCCUCUAAAAGAUUGUACAUUACAGGGUUAAACCAGCCUUGCAUUUAACCAGGUAUAUUUUAUGAAUCUGCUGGUCUGUGUUUGAGUUUAAACUUUGAACACAUGGUGAAUACAAUAUAGCAUGUAAAGAAUAUUUGAGGCUGAAGUUUACAAAGAUAUUUAAAAAUAUCUUAUUUUAUAAAUAUCGAAAUCCUAUGUCAUUAAAUUCAGGCAUUACAAUAUAAUUACGGCUGUAGGUACAUGGAAAAAUCAUUGUAAUUGCAUGUCUGUGUGUGCUAUUCAUUUCACAUGAUGGUUUCUUAUCAACUGACUACAACUGUACAUGUGUAAUCAGUUACCCUUAAAAUACAUUACACCUGUACAGUGCUGCUGCAAAUGGUUUCAUAUAUGAGUGCAGUGUCGAGUGCAAAAUGCACAGAACCCCUGAGAUUCACUCUCCCUCUGAAUGACAUGCCAUCUGGGGUUCUCAAGUCUUCUGUCCAAGACUGCAGGGGUCAUGAAGUGUAAUACUGUGAGACCGAACAGACCAGAGACCUGGGUCAUCUAGAGAUGAUCUCCUUCCCUGGGACAAACAGUCCGGUCAGCGCAAUGAUUUUCAGAUGUUGAAACAUGGAGUCUCUGGAUACUGUUAGAAACAAAGUACAGCUUUUACUAAGAAAUUACAAUAAACACAGACUAGAUAUGCAACAAUCUUUCUUUCCUUACUGUAGAGGGAAAGUUGUAUGUAUGUAUAAUAUUUAUGACCCAUUAUUAAUGUACAUACAAUGACAUAUGGUACCUGUAAUAUAAUUUGCCUAUUCUAUUUAUGAUCAUGGAUAAUUAAUUCUGCUCUGUAAUGCUAUAUAUUAAUUUAUAGUAUUGUAAAUAUGUUGUGAAAGGAAAAAAACAUGAUGUGUCCAAAUCUGUUCUACCUAGAGUCCAUAAAGCAAUGGGACUGGGAGGCAGUGUGCUAUUGGUUAGAGCUGAGAGACUGGAAUGGAGGCAGUGUGGUUCAGUGGUUAAAGCUGAGAGACUGGAAUGGAGGCAGUGUGGCUCAGUGGUUAGAGCUGAAGGACUGGAAGGCAGUGUGGUCUAAGAUAUGCUGCGACACAGUGUGAUUCUUAGUGAUGAGGCACAGAGGGGAAAGGCUUUUAAAAUUCUGUUUAUAUCAGAUUUGAUGGAACAGGUAUUAUGAAGCCUGCUCCAGUGGAAAUGCCUCUGUUUCUGUGUCAGAGACUUGUUUUAGGCAGCUGGCUCUCGGUAGAGGUGACCUUUAGCAUAAUAAAGCCUGGUCCUCAUGACACCGAGCCUGUGUAAUUCAUCCAGAGUCUCUUUUCUGUGCUUGGAUAUCAAGAACUGAGCCCUAAGGGUGGACCACAGUUUAUUACAGGGCUGUCAAUUUCAAACCUCCUCAGCCCACUGUGAGCCGCUCUGCAGACGGGAGUUCUCACUUCUCAAGUGAAACGCUGUGAGCCGCUCUGCAGACGGGAGUUCUCACUUCUCAAGUGAAGCGCUGUGAGCCGCUCUGCAGACGGGAGUUCUCACUUCUCAAGUGAAGCGCUGUGAGCCGCUCUGCAGACGGGAGUUCUCACUUCUCAAGUGAAACGCUGUGAGCCGCUUUGCAGACGGGAGUUCUCACUUCUCAAGUGAAACGCUGUGAGCCGCUCUGCAGACGGGAGUUCUCACUUCUCAAGUGAAACGCUGUGAGCCGCUCUGCAGACGGGAGUUCUCACUUCUCAAGUGAAGCGCUGUGAGCCGCUCUGCAGACGGGAGUUCUCACUUCUCAAGUGAAGCGCUGUGAGCCGCUCUGCAGACGGGAGUUCUCACUUCUCAAGUGAAGCGCUGUGAGCCGCUCUGCAGACGGGAGUUCUCACUUCUCAAGUGAAACGCUGUGAGCCGCUCUGCAGACGGGAGUUCUCACUUCUCAAGUGAAACGCUGCGAGCCGCUCUGCAGACGGGAGUUCUCACUUCUCAAGUGAAACGCUGCGAGCCGCUCUGCAGACGGGAGUUCUCACUUCUCAAGUGAAACGCUGUGAGCCGCUCUGCAGACGGGAGUUCUCACUUCUCAAGUGAAACGCUGUGAGCCGCUCUGCAGACGGGAGUUCUCACUUCUCAAGUGAAACGCUGUGAGCCGCUUUGCAGACGGGAGUUCUCACUUCUCAAGUGAAACGCUGUGAGCCGCUUUGCAGACGGGAGUUCUCACUUCUCAAGUGAAACGCUGUGAGCCGCUUUGCAGACGGGAGUUCUCACUUCUCAAGUGAAACGCUGUGAGCCGCUCUGCAGACGGGAGUUCUCACUUCUCAAGUGAAACGCUGUGAGCCGCUCUGCAGACGGGAGUUCUCACUUCUCAAGUGAAGCGCUGUGAGCCGCUCUGCAGACGGGAGUUCUCACUUCUCAAGUGAAGCGCUGUGAGCCGCUCUGCAGACGGGAGUUCUCACUUCUCAAGUGAAGCGCUGUGAGCCGCUCUGCAGACGGGAGUUCUCACUUCUCAAGUGAAACGCUGUGAGCCGCUCUGCAGACGGGAGUUCUCACUUCUCAAGUGAAACGCUGUGAGCCGCUCUGCAGACGGGAGUUCUCACUUCUCAAGUGAAACGCUGUGAGCCGCUCUGCAGACGGGAGUUCUCACUUCUCAAGUGAAACGCUGGACAAAUUGCAUAAUUGCAUCAACGAGAGAAACUGAAAAUAAAAUCCAGUGCAAUUUUAUUGGUUUUGCCAUUUUGUUUUUUUAAAUAAUAUUAGUAUUGUUAUUUUUAUAAUUGAUAGUAAUGUUGAAAUGCUUUUUCCUGUUUGUUAAACCUCAUUUUGUUUCUUCGUGGUUUUCUGCACAGCAGGUAGUAGUCUGGGAGUUGGGAUGUUAGUUUUUUGUGAAUCGCUUCUGUGAUGACGAUUUCUGUGUUCCUUGAUGGAUCUUGGAGAUUGAUGUUCUGCUGUUAUUGAAUGCAAUUGGACACUUCUAACUGUUCUCAAAAAGAUAGGUGUCAGAAUUCUUAUAAAUAAAAUCAAACAAAAUUAAA